AGCGACAGCAGCAGCCCUGGCGAUAAGUAUAACGAUAAAUAAUGACUGCGAAACGGGCGAAGUGUAAUGCCAGAUCGCUAAAAACUGGCUGUCGCGAAAGACAGGACAAAUCUGUUUAGGCGUUAUAGUUUUCUUUGGUAUACAUUUGGCGUGGAGGCACCUCCCUGCCUGCCUGCCUGCCCUGCUCUGCGCCGCGGUGUGUGCGUGUAUUUCGGGUAGGCUCCAUCGCAUCACCGCGCUGCAGUGCGUUACUGUAACCGUGCAUAGGUGCCACGCCGCCGGUUACAGCUGCGCCGUCGGCCGAUACUAUGUCAAAAACAGACAGAGACAAAGUAACACUGCGAAUCAAUCCUGCUGAUCUAUGCAAUGAAAAAAUGACAACGUUGGUCUCUGACGGCUGUGUUUUGUAGCCACAAAGAAGUGCAAGUGUGCAGACAACUGUUUUGGAUUGGUGUUUGUGCCCGAUUUUAAAAAGCUUUGAACUGCAGCAGAAUAGGCAGCCCGCAUGGAACGAGCAGGGAGCAUCCAACUUGAUAUUCCGGACUUCAGCAACUCCGUCCUGUCGCAUCUGAACCAGUUGCGCAUGCAGGGCCGCUUGUGCGACAUCGUGGUCAACAUUCAGGGCCACAAUUUCCGUGCCCACAAAGUGGUCCUCGCCGCCAGCUCCCCCUACUUCCGGGACCACAUGUCGCUCAGUGAGAUGAGCACUGUGUCCAUCUCGGUUAUCCGUAAUCCUUCCGUUUUUGAGCAGCUACUUUCGUUCUGCUACACGGGUCGGUUGUGUUUGCAACUCACAGAUAUAAUCAGUUACCUGACGGCGGCCAGCUUCCUCCAAAUGCAGCAUAUUAUUGAUCGCUGCACCCAGAUUUUAGAGGGCAUCCACUUCAAGAUCAGCCUAUCGGAUGUGGAGGAAGAGCUUGGGGGCGGAGCCCACAGAACCUCCAACCAAACAAUCGAGUCAGGAAAAGGCGGAAUGGCACUAGCGGGGUCCCGCACCCUAAGUCCCAGACAUAGCAGCUCUAGGUUGAUCAGCAACACCGGAGGGGUGAUCAACAUUCGUGAUGUGAGGGAAGUCCGAGAAAUCAGUCCUCCUGGCGAGUCCAUGAGCCCUCAGAUCGUUGAGCACAGCGGAAUUGGCUCGGAAGAGGUGAGAUCUGGGAAAGUGCCCAUUCUCCGUAUUAAUCGAGCUGGGCAGUGGUAUGUGGAGACAGAGACUGAAGUGGACAGGGGCGGAGAGCAGACCGUGAGGGUAGUGGAUGGGUUUCGGAUUAAGACGGAAAGGAUGGAAGAGUGGAUUGGGGCAGAGACUCCGGCAUCGGCAGAAGAUGGCAGCGGGGCAGAGGAGGGUUCAACGGUGAUGAUUGAAACCUCAGGACGUAGUACACUAGUGCAGGAUGGGGGAAGAGGGGGGAAAAGUUCCCAGCCUUCCAGUAGCUUCAGUGAGACAGAGAGGUUUAGUCCAACAGGAAGUGUGGUGGUGAUGGCUGACCGACAAAGAGCCAAGAGUGAGUCUCCGGGGAGAGUUGACAACCAGAGACAUCCCACCUCACAGGGAGAAGAACAAGCUGUGUUUGACAUGGGAGGAUACGAGGAGUACCUCCGAGAACAGGUAGGUGAUCGAUGGUUCCGCUACAACCCCCGUCUCACCUGCAUCUACUGCUGCAAGUCCUUCAACCAGAAAGGUAGCCUAGAUCGCCAUAUGCGCUUGCACAUGGGCAUUACGCCCUUUGUUUGCCGCAUCUGCGGGAAGAAAUACACCCGCAAGGACCAGCUUGAGUACCACAUUCGAAAGCACACGGGAAACAAGCCCUUCCACUGCCACGUUUGCGGCAAGAGCUUCCCCUUCCAGGCCAUCCUCAACCAGCACUUCCGCAAGAACCAUCCAGGAUGCACCCCACAGGAUGUGUCCCACAGUGCCUCGCCCGAGACCACUACGGUCACCUCCCGGGGAGGCCAGAACGAAGAUGAGUCGCCCACCCAGGAGGAGACUGAGGGCAACGGUGGAGGCGGAGGCGCCAGUUCGUCCUUUGGAGAAGGGGUACAACCUUCGGUCUCCACAACUGGGCCAGAUUGAUGGCUUCUGAGGGGAAAAAUAUUAAAGGCCAAAGUGUACUUCAAUUUUCCACGUGCCGGUACGUCUUGCGCACAGUGCGUAGUUUUCCUAGACACCAGGACAGUCCUUGUCUUUUUGCGUCAUUGGUCGUAUGCUUAUACGCUUAUACUUUGAAAGGCUGAGUGCUCAAGCGUGUGCGAGAUGGAACGGCACAUGUAAAAACGAAGUAUACCCUAGCCUUAAGAGUCCAUGGAGACAGAGGACAAUGGGGUCCAACAGGACCUUGUCUUCAGAGACCCCUAUGUCCCCUGGCUUCCACCAUCCACACUGAAAAAUUGCAGUAGAGUUGGAAGUAGGAGGUUCUCUUUGCUGCUGUCAACAAGGAACGGAUAAAAAAGGGAGAAUCUUCUGCGUUAUACUUGGGAAGUUUUAGACAAUUGUUUUUUUUCAUUGACAGCAAAAAUGCAAAGAACUGUUUGCUAGGACUAGUAUUCUAUAGGGAUUUAUAAAUGGUAUUUCCGCUUUAAACCGCAUCUACCUUCACCAUACAAACUGAACUGGACAUCAACAAAUGAAGACAAGCCACACUCCAACAACCUCACACACCACUGUAUGCAGUGAUUUUUUUUUUUUCUGUUUUUCUUUCUUCUGUUUUUUUUUUUUUAGUUUUGUUUAGUUUUUUGCCUUUCCUGUCUUAUAUAUAUAUAUAUAUAUAUAUAAUACACAUAUGUUACGUUGUUUUAUAUUUUUGUACUACUACAGAACGUCAUAAUUCAGGACAAACAAAAGAGAAGCUCUAGCUAUGAUUUGGUCAAAUUGCAUUGAAAUUGCCAAACUACUUUGUUUCAGAUGGUGAAUUAUGAAAACGAAAGGACGUCGUAGUCCUUCUCUUCUCUGCCUUGAGACAAUCUUGAUAAAUUAAUCCGGAGCUAGACAUCACGCUCCCCUGCCAUGGCAAGCUUAGAAAAACGGGUUCAGUUUUUAUUAGGGACCCUCAGGUCUGACCCAACAUCAGAUUUGUUUUUUUGGUUUUUGUUUUGUAUUAAGUGCCGAUACGGCCUGCCAUAAAAUCUAAACUUAUUGCUCACAUUUAUGCUAAAGGCCUCAAAGAGAAUGAAAGGAAAAUGGCCGUGGAAUUUUGGGUUCAUAAGGCCAUGUCCACACUAAUCUGUCAGUUUCCUAACGUCAUUGUUUCACUAAAUAUGUGGUAACACGCUCCAUUUUUGGUGGCGGAAAACGUCUUUCUAGUGUGGAUGAGAUGCGCAAUCGUAACUAAAUUAAUUUCGUUUUCACUCGACAACUUUUGUAGUGUGGACAUGGCCUCCGUUUAAGAAACACUCACAGCAUAUCGUUUUCCUGAUUUGAUGGAACAGUUCGCCUCAAAAUAGAAAUUCUGAUUACAAUCCCUGAUGCCCCUCUGAACUCAAAUGACUUUCUUUCGUUUAACAGAAGCCGCUCUGUUCCACAUAAUGAAAGUGAAUCUUCAGGGCCCGUGCCCCCAUUUAAACACAUUCAACAUUUCUCCUUUUGUAUUCCACGGAAGAAAGAAAGACUUAUGGGUUUGGGGGGCAGGGGGAUAAAGUAUGACUAAAUUCUUAUUUUCAGGUGAACUUUUCCUUUAACAUUGGUGGGAAACAGGCAUGCUGGGGGAAAAGAUGGUAGAAUAUAGCAGUAACAAAUAUAUUUAUUCAAAUUUAGUCCCGUAAAGGUCUUUGUAAAACCCAGCUGCUGAAUGUUAAUUAUACAGUGACAUUCUUCAACCUCAGAUAAGCUACAAUACCGCACAGUUACCUCUCUCUCUCUCAUCACUACGCAAUACCGAUCUGUCACACGAAGAUACGUGGAUGCACUCAACCGAAUUUGUUCAGUGUUUUUUUUUUCCGUUUCAUGUACAUCGUUGCGAGAUUCACAAGUCUCUCCAACUUGUUAUACUGGUCUGAUGUUUUGUUUGUAGAAUGUGUUAGAACAGGGGGAAGGGGUUUCCAACAUGGCAUAACCUUCUGCCUUUUUGUAUCAAGUCAAAAGAAAUACGGAGACGAACCAGAACGGACUUGAAAUGGUCGUCGAAACAGUUUAGAAAACAGCAACCGUAUGUCAGUGAUGUCUGGGAAAUGACAAAAUGCCACGGAACGACUUUAGUGUGAGAUUUCCCUUCAUCCAGUGGAUGGCACUUGAACCAUUUGGGGUCAAGUGCUUUUACACUUGGCUUACGAACAGAUGUUUCCAGUUGGUGCUAUUGAUGUGAAUUUACUGAAGCUCUCAGUAACCAAAGGAACCGAUAUAUAUAUAUAUAUAUAUAUAUAUAUAAAGUGGAAGUCCUUAAACCCUUAAAGGAAUAGUUCACCAACACUCAUAUGGUUUACUUUCUUCCAUAGAACACAAAUUGAAAUGUUAGGCAGAGUGUUUGC